AAUGACACAAAGUGCCGCGAGAGUUAUUCGAAAGCACAUCUUUUACCCCACCUCCUGCAUUGACGUAAAGAAAUAAGAGAAAUGCGCGGGGUUGCCAAGUCUGCGUGACGCUGAAUUAAAACUGUUGCCGCGGGUUGUUGUUUUUACCGCAGGGGUAAAUUAAAGUAUUUUGUUCAUCAUCAGUUAUUCAUCUGAAGGCAUGAUGAUUUUUUUUAAACAGACUGUGCUAAUGAUUAUUUCCGUAUAUUGGGUUAUUAAGUAGAAUCUGUGUGCAGAAACUGUAAAAAAGUAUUUUAGGAGGUGGCUUAUUUUAAGUUUUCGUGAUUGGGCUAGUGUCAUUGGGCUAGUUUUGAUUUGCUAUUGGACAGGGUUUAUUAAGCAGACCUGGCAUCCCGAGAAUGCGUUUCCGUUGCUCAAAUAAAACGUCUGCAGUAAAACACGUCGUCGUUCAUCAUUCAGUUAUUCGUCGCGGGUGAUGUUUACGUUCGUGUACCGAUCCCGUUUGGUCUGAAAUCCGGCGCUCAGUGGAAAGUUCAGCUAGGUGUGUGUGUAUGUGACUACAGGAAGAGUUGAACUCAACGAUAUCAACGGUCUCAGAUAUGGCAGAGUUACUGCGGCUGCUUCUUAACGUGUCAGAAAAAGCCGCCAACGUGGCUCGAGUCUGUCGACAGGAAGCGCCGCUCUUUGAACUCUUGGUACAGGAAAAGAAGGGAGCUGAGAAAAACAAGAAAUUCAUCAAGGACUUCAAGACUCUUGCUGAUGUCAUCAUACAGGAAAUGAUUCGACAUGACGUUUGUGCACAGUUUCCAGAAUUGAAUGGGUUCGUUCAUGGUGAGGAAUCAAACACGUUCGAGAAUGGACUUGGUGAGAGUGUUACUGUAACAGUAUGUGCUAAAGAAGAGGACACGAUGGCUCUGCUGGCUAAAGUUUUAGAUGGUGAUCAGACUGCAGCGUCUCUCUUGACCAACGCCAUCCACCAGAAGCUUCAGCUCAGAGAUGAGAAAGCAGAAUCUCUGCAGAUAUCACUUAACCCUGAUGAUGUGGCCAUCUGGAUUGAUCCUAUUGAUGGGACGAGUCAGUACAUUGAGGGGAAGGAUGAAGAGGAGCCAGAUGAAGGCUUUUGUCCAUCUGGACUCCCCUGUGCACUGGUUCUGAUUGGAGUUUACCUACGAGCCACUGGCCAACCAGUCAUGGGUGUCAUAAACCAGCCAUUCAAGUGUAAAGACCCCAUGGGUCAUGGAUGGACAGGACAGCACUUCUGGGGUGUUUCAUACGGCGAUGUGAACAUUUCCUCGUUCACGCAGCGCAGUCUGCAGAAAAGAGAUCAUCUGUCUGUGCUGUUGAGCUCCAGUGAAAAACAAGCGGUGAAGGACGCCCUGGCAUCGAUUCCCAACAGUACGCUGAUGUAUGCGUCUGGUGCGGGCUAUAAGAUCCUGUGUGUCAUCCAGGGUUUAGUGGAUAUGUAUGUGCUGUCAGAGGGCACUACUUACAAAUGGGACUCUUGUGCACCUCAUGCGCUGCUGCGAGCUCUGGGCGGUGGGGUAUCAGACCUGAACGAGUGCGUUCGCUCUCACGUGAACGGUAACGAUGGGCCCCGACCUGAACUGACCUAUCACGAGCCCCACGGUGGAAGUAAAGGGGUGGACAGAUGGGCAAAUCGAGGAGGAGUCAUCGCAUAUUUGGACUCUAGCGUGAUUGAUAAAGCCGCAGCGGCACUUGCUGGAAAGAUAUAAGGAAAAUGUAUCUUAUAUUGAGAGUCUAGUGCUUGGCAAGUUUGUUUUUAUGUAAUCUUUUAUUGAAUAGAUAUAUUUGUCAUUUUUAAUUUAAAUCUAUUAAUUUAAAGCUGUAUAAUCAGAAUAUAGCAAAAUACUUUGGUUUUAGCAGAUGAACUUCUAUUUAUUUAGUAAGGAGCUGUUUUGUCUCGAUGUAAUGUUACUGUUGCAGCUUUAAGACAUUUUGUGGAGCAAUUAUAUGUCAAAGAUGUACUAUUACAUCUAUAGAAAAGCCUGAAACUGACAGGUGUUCACAUAUAUUGUAGAUUAUAUAUUUAUACAUGUGUAUAUUAAACAAGGCACUGACAUUCAUAA